GGCUUCCUGACCGUACAUGUGGCUACGGAGACAGAAACUCUCGUCCGGGACUGAAUAUUAACGUGUUUAAUAUUAAUAAAACCAACGCACGUGUGGUGGACGUGAAGCAGCGAGCUUCUGCGCGCGAGUCAAGAUGCAACACGACGACGUGAUCUGGGACAUCAUCGGGAACCAACAGUUCUGCUCCUUCAAAGUCAAGACCAGGAAUCAGGGCUUCUGCCGUAAUGAGUUCAACAUCACAGGGUUGUGUAACCGGUCCUCCUGCCCGCUCGCCAACAGCCAGUACGCCACCAUCCGGGAGGAGAAGGGUCAGUGUUUCCUCUACAUGAAGGUGAUUGAGCGAGCAGCGUUUCCUGCUAAGAUGUGGGAGAAGGUGAAGCUCAGUAAGAACUAUGAGAAGGCUCUGGAGAUGAUCGAUGAGAGUUUGAUCUACUGGCCUCGAUUCCUGCGUCACAAAUGUAAACAACGCUUCACCAAGAUCACGCAGUACCUUAUACGCAUGAGGAAGCUGGUGCUGAAGAGACGGAGGAAGAUAGUUCCUCUCAGCAGGAAAGUGGAGAGGAGGGAGAAGAGGAAGGAGGAGAAAGCUCUGAUUGCCGCUCAGCUGGACAACGCCAUUGAGAAAGAACUUCUGGAGCGGCUGAAGCAGGGAACGUACGGAGACAUCUACAACUUCCCAGUUCAUGCUUUCGACAAAGCUCUGGAGCAGCAGGAUGAAGAGAGUGAGGAAGAGGAGGAGGAAGAGGACGACGAGGACGUCGGGAAGAGAGAGUUUGUAGCAGAAGAAGUGGAGGAGAGCGACCUGAGCGACUUCGAGGAAAUGAACAAACUGAGGACGAGCAGCGACGAGGAGGAGCAGGACGAGGAGUCCAGUGAGGAAGAGGAGGAGAUGGAGGUAGAGACGAAGAAGACGAAGGCCUCCGGGUCGAAGGGCAAGUCUCCGGCCAGUGGCGCGGCGGCGAGGAAGAAGCGUUCAUACGUGGAGAUCGAGUACGAGACGGAGCCCGCCCCCAAGAGCACCGCCACUUCGUGAGGUCACCCUGCAGCCAAUGGGAGGUUGCCCUUGGCCGAGGACACGCACGCUUCUUGAGGUCACCCUGCAGCCAAUGGGACGUGGCCCUGGGCCGAGGACACGCCCCCAAGAGCAUGUCCAUGUCGUGAGGUCACCCUGCAACCAAUGGGAUGUGGCCCUGGGCUGAGGACACGCCCCCUUGGUUCAUGGACACACGGAUAUAAACAAAGUGACUUUUACCUUCUUUAAAAAUACCGUUUUGUUAAAUGUUGAGUUCAUAAAAAUAAUCUUGAAAGUG